UCAGACUUUGAGAGACAGCUUCUGCCUGUGGCAUUAAGAUCUUGCUCCUGCAUCCAGGUCCAGCAAUGGGAAACUCCAAGAGCAGUGCCAUGUCCAGAGAGAUCCUAAAAGACCUGAAGAUAUCAACAAAUUUUUCAGAGGACGAGCUCUGCCAGUGGUAUGAGAACUUCCAGAAACAAUGCCCGUCUGGACGCAUUGCACCAGAUGACUUCGAGAAAAUCUAUGAGCGCUUCUUUCCUGACAGCGAUGCCACGACGUAUGCCAAGCAUGUCUUCCGAUCAUUUGACACAAAUGACGAUGGGACACUGGAUUUCAAGGAGUACAUAAUUGCUCUGCACAUGACAUCAGGUGGAAAAACAGAGAGGAAGUUGGAGUGGGCUUUCUCACUGUUUGAUGUUGACAAGAAUGGGUACAUCACCAAGGCAGAAGUAUCAGAAAUCUGCCAGGCCAUUUUUAAGAUGAUUCCCAAGGAAGACCAAGAGAGGCUUCCAGCAGAUGAAAACACACCAGAGAAGAGAGCAGAAAAACUGUGGGGGUAUUUUAACAAAAAAGACAAUGAGCGGUUGGCUGAAGGGGAGUUUAUUCAGGGGGUGAUGGACAACGAAAAUGCCCUCCACUUAAUCCAAUACGAGCCUAUCAAAUAAACAAACAGAAAGCUGGACCCAUUCUGGGGCCUCCAGUUACUUUG